AUGCUGGCUUUCAUGGUUGGUUCAAAGCAAGCUUUUGAGGUGCCUUUAGCAGAUGUCUCUCAAACAAACCUUCAAGGGAAAAAUGAUGUGAUCUUGGAGUUUCAUAUGAAUGACACAACUGAAGCCAAUGAGAAAGAUUUAUUGAUGGAGAUAAGUUUCCAUAUACCAAAUUCAAACACCCAGUUCGUUGGUGAUGAAAAUCGCCCCCCUGCUCAGGUGAGUUUGUUCACGAGGUUAACAAAUUUCAUGUUAUAA